AUGGCAUCAGAAGGGAAAAUUACCAAAAACCUAUCACAUCUUUCAAUUGAAGAGAAGAAGCAAUUCUUCGAUUCGUUCGACAUGGUGCAAACCGACUGUGAUGGUGUCCUGUGGCUGCUGGGAGACGUUUUUCCGGGUGUGGAAAAAGCAAUUCAGGCUUUACGCACCAUCGGGAAACGCGUUGUGUUCGUUUCCAACAACAGUUCAAGAACGAUGGAUGACUACAGGGCGAAGGUGAUUAAGUUAACCGACCACACGGUAGAGGAUGGCGAUAUCAUACAUCCGGCCAAGAUAGUGAUCGAGUAUUUGCGGGAGCAAAAAUUUGAUGCGCUGUGCUAUGUGAUUGGAAGUUCCAAUUUCAAAUCGUGCCUCAGAGAAGCCGGUUUCCAGGUGCUCGACGGGCCGGACAAUCCAGUGAAUGAAUCUGCAAAAGAGGUAAUUGCGACGAUCAACGACAAGCAACCCGUUAAAGCGGUGAUAGUAGAUUUUGAUUACAACUGCAACAACAUCAAGCUGCUGCGAGCUCAACUGUACCUUCAGCAAGGUGCUUGUUUCAUCGUUGGAGCGAUAAAUAAAGUUAUACCAUUGAGUCCCGAGAUGCGUUUGAUCGGACCCGGAUGGUACGUGGAUAUUCUGCGGAAUACUACCAAAAGGAAACCGAUCGUCCUGGGAAAACCGAGUCCUGAUAUGAGCAGAUUGGUGAAACGUAUGUACAAAAUCGACGAUCCUCAGCGCGUGCUGUUUGUUGGCGAUCAACCGGAAAUGGACGUCAAGUUUGGACAUAUUUCAAAUUUCCAAACGCUGUUAGUUGGCACCGGAGGAGUCAAAGAAGAGGAUUUAGUACAAAAUUUUAGUUGCUCUGAUGAAACUCCUGACUUUUACAUUCGUUCUUUUGCCGAUUUAGACCAGAUUGUGCGAGAAGUUGUAAACUAUAAAACUAAUCAUGAGAUGUAA